AUGAUUUUCAUUUCAGCUAAUAAAAAAAAAUUGAGUAUUUUUAUAUUUCUUGUUUUUUUAUAUAAUUUUAAAUGUAUAUGUGAAAGUAAAUGGAAUAUAACAAAACUAUACAAUAAUUUUAGUAAUUUAAAAAAAAGAAAAAUAUACAAAAAAAAAAAAAUUUUUAAAAUAUGGAGAAACAAAGGGUAUAUAAAAAAACCAGAUAAAAAUAAUGAAUUCAAAAAUCAAAUAAUUUUAUAUUAUAUUAAAAAUUUUUGGUUAUCUAAAUAUAAGAAAGAGAGAAAUAAAAAAUUAAAUAAUUAUUCGAAUGAAUUCAAAAAAGACGAAGAAAAUGAGAGAGGAAAAAAUAACAAAAAUUUUGAUGGUAAUAUAAAUGUAGAAAAUGUUAGUCAAAAGUAUAUUCGAAAUUUUUGUAUUUUAGCUCAUAUUGAUAGUGGAAAAUCAACAUUAGCCGAUAGAUUUUUAGAAUUAACAAAUACUAUUAAAAAAAAAAAAAUGAAAAAUCAGUUUUUAGAUAUGAUGUCUUUAGAACGAGAAAGAGGUAUAACUAUUAAAUUGAAGGCAGUAAGAAUGAAUUAUAAAAAUUAUAUUUUUAAUUUAAUAGAUACACCAGGGCAUUUUGAUUUUUAUCAUGAAGUUAAAAGAUCAUUAAAUGCUUGUGAAGGAGCCAUUCUGUUAAUUGAUGGUUGUAAAGGGAUUCAAUCACAAACUCUUAAUAUUUUUUUUGAAUUGAAAAAAUACAAUAUAAAAGUAAUACCUGUAAUAAAUAAAAUUGAUUUAAGUACAUGCUUAUAUGAAAAAAUAAAAGAUGACUUAAUAAAAAAGUUUAAUUUUAAAAGUGAAGAAAUUUUAAAAAUUUCUGCUAAAUAUGGUUAUGAAAUAGAAAACUUAUUUCAAAAAAUAAUUACUGAUAUUCCAUUUCCUACAAUUAAAUCGAAUAUGUUUUUUAGAGGGAUUGUAUUUGAUUCAUUUUAUCAUCAGUAUAAAGGAGUAGUAUUAAUUAUUAAAGUUUUAAAUGGAUUUUUAAAAAAAAGAACAGAAAUUUUUUUUAUAAAUAGUGAAAAAUCUUAUAUAAUCCAAGAUAUUGGCUAUUUUGUACCAGAAAUGAAGUCAACUGACAUAAUUAGACAAGGUGAUAUUGCUUACGUUUGUUCAAAUAUAAGGAAUUGCGAUGAUAUUCAAAUUAGUGAAACAAUAGUUAAUAAGGAUAUAAUAAAAAUUAAUUCACAGAAAGAACUCGUUUUAGACUUAAAAAAAUAUCAUUUUGAUACAUAUUUUCAAGAAGAAAAUAAAGAAAAAGUUUUUAAUAAUUGCAGUGAAGAAAGUGAAUGUUGUAAAAAUCAUGAUUAUGAAACAAGUGCAAGUGAAUCAAAAAACAUUGAAAAAAAAGCAAAUGAUUGUAAAAUAAAAACAUGCAAAGCAAUUAAUGAUGAAAUGGAAAGUGUAUCAAACAAAGAAUCAUAUAAAAGUAUUAAAGAUGAAAGGGAAAUCAAUAUUAAAAAAAUUGCAGCAACGAAAAUAGAUGUUUUAUAUCCAUCAGUUUAUUGCAAUAUAUAUAGCGUAAAUGAUAAAAAAGCUAGUGAACUGGAAAUGUCAUUGAAUAAAUUAAAAUUAAAUGAUGCAUCCUUUUCUUUUAAAAAAGACAUUUGUGAAACAUUGGGUAAAGGGUUUAAGUGUGGGUUUAAUGGACUGCUACAUUUGAAUAUAAUUCAAGAAAGAAUAAAAAGAGAGUAUAAUGUUGAAACAAUAAUUACAGCUCCAUCUGUCAAUUAUUUAGUAAAGUUAAAAGAUAAAUAUAUAGAUAAAAAGUUAAAAGAAAAAUUAAUAGAUAAAAGUUUUGAUAUAAAAAAUAUUAACAUUGAUAAAAAGGAUAUAAUUUCUAAUGAAAUGUUUUUUAUGACAAGCAAUGUAAAUGAUAUACCUAAAAAAAAUUAUGUUGACUCUAUAUAUGAGCCAUAUGUAAAAACAAAUAUUGUUACACCAGAUAUUUAUCAAAAGUAUAUAAUUAAUGAAUGUUUUAAAAGAAGAGGUAUUUUCAUUAAAAAAGAAAUUAUUAAUGAUCAAAUUAUUUUUUUAUUUGAAAUGCCUUUAUCUGAAAUACUAGUUAACUUUUUAGAUGAAAUAAAAUCAUGCACAAAAGGAUAUGGCUCUAUGAGUUACGAAAAUUUUAUUAUAUAUAAAAAAAGCGAUUUAUAUAAAAUUAAUAUAUAUAUAAAUAAAAAAUGUAUUGAUUCCUUAUCAUUCAUUUCUCACAAGCUAAAUUAUUAUGAAAAAUCAAGAAACCUUGUUCUAAAAAUAAAAAAUCUAGUUGAUCCUCAUCAAUUUCUUAUUGUUAUUCAAGCGGCGAUAGAAUCCAAAAUUUUUGUUUCUGAAAAAAUAAAACCACUAAAAAAAAAUGUCACGGAAAAAUGUUACGGUGGAGAUAUUACAAGAAGAAGAAAAUUAAUUGAAAAACAAAAUGAAGGAAAGAAAAAAAUGUUUAAUAUAGGUAAGGUAAAAUUACCACCAAAUCUUUUUACUAAGUUAUUUGAUAUAAAAAACUAA